CUACAAAGACAGGGAGGAAGAAGAAGAAGCAGGCCUCGUAGUCGCACUGCUUAUUCUACAAACUCCAGCAAAAUGAAUGAGUCUGCGUCCUUCACGAUGACCGACUCUUACGACGACAGAUACCAUGCUGCGCUUCUCCGACCUGCGCCUCCAGAGAUAACGGACGAACCACGAAGGUUGAAGCACUGUUUCCUCGUCCUGCUUGGCGUCACAUUCAUCGUAGGGAGCAGUCUCAUUAUCAGUUAUUUCAUUUAUGGAGGGGCGACAUCGUCUGCUGAAGGUUUGGAAAUGAUUGACAACGAAAACGGCGACGACUCCUUGGGCAUUCCUGCUGCGUUGGUUCCCGAUCAAGCCCGAGCCAACAGAAGUCGCACGGGGCACAGAGGAGAGCACGGAUGGCAUUCUGACGCCGGUAGUGACAACGAUACCAUUACUGAAGCAUCCGACAUUACCCUGGGAGUCGUCUCAAGCACAGAGACUGUCCAUCUUGGGCACACUCAGAAGCCAGGACCCACAACAAAGUUUCUUAGAUUAACGCAGACUACCCUGCAUAUAACUAACGGAACGGUCACAACACCACAUAGCAGUGCUACAACACCGCACGCAGUGCUGAUUACCGGUACCGCUCCGGUAACUGGACAUGGUGCGACAUCUACGAUAAAGCGGCUGCCAAAAAGGAAAAGCGUUCGUGAGACGACGAACGACGAAGCUACGGACAGUAUCACCACCACUCGAGUACCGCACACGCCUCCGACGCCUUCUCGUCUGCCUUCAUCCAGCAGUUCUGCGAAGCCACGACGGCCGCCGAAACGAAGACGACGCGCUCCGAAGAAAGCAAGAACAAUCACUACCAGCACAAAGGGUUCCACCCCAGUUCAAGAGGUGAUCGUAUCCAUCUUUGAAACCGUCUUGGUUCCAACUGACCCGAUCACCACCACCACGAUUGCUACCACUUUGUAAAGCCGCAGCCCUGCACAAGGACCAUGAAGUGAUGAAGGCGGGAGAUGUGGAGCGAUAUCGACGGAUUUUUUCUUCGAAACAUAAUUUCAUCUAUAUGGCCAAAUUUAAAGAUUUUUCUUCUUUUGGCGGUUGCUGUGUUUGUAGUGAUAUAUACUAUUUGCUCUGUGACAACCUUGUUGUAAAAAUGCACAUAUCGCUCAUAAAAUGCGUCGCUGAUGCA